CAUGUUGACGGUGAAAUUCCUGCCCCCCGUCCGCGAAUUUCGGGAGAGUUCUGCACCGAAUCGGCGUGAAAACGGAACUGAACCCGAGCGAAACCAGCGAGCGCGAUGACUGCGGUUCGCGUGAUCCUGAUCCUGUUUCUGGGCUCCAUUCAGCUCUGCCGAUCCGAGCCGCGGUCCGGGAAACCCAGUGAGGUGUUGGUCAUCACCGCAGCCACAGAAGUGACCGACGGGUACCUGAGGUUCAUGCGGACCAUCCGACAGUUCAACUACACCGUCCAGGUCCUGGGUCUGGGUGAGCAGUGGCGGGGGGGUGAUGUUGCUCGGACCGUCGGUGGAGGCCAGAAGGUUCGAUGGCUGAAGAAAGAACUAGAGAAACACAAAGACAAACACAACACUGUCGUCAUGUUUGUAGACAGUUAUGAUGUGAUUUUAGCCAGUGGUCCAGCGGAGCUGCUCAAGAAGUUUUCUCGUUUCUCUCAUCGCGUCGUGUUCUCGGCCGAGGGAUUCUGCUGGCCGGACCAGAGACUCGCGUCCAAAUACCCAGCAGUGCAUCAUGGGAAACGCUACCUCAACUCUGGAGGUUUCAUCGGCUUUGCUCCUGAGAUUUAUGCAAUAGUGCAACAGUGGAAAUACAAAGACAACGAUGAUGACCAGCUGUUUUACACACGGAUCUACCUGGACAAAGAGCAGAGGCGGAAGUUCAACAUCACACUGGACCACAAAUCCCAAAUUUUUCAGAAUCUCAAUGGAGCCAUAGAGGAAGUGGUGCUGAAGUUUGAGAAAUCCAGAGUCAGAGCUCGAAACGUGGUCUAUGACACACUUCCUGUCGUUAUCCAUGGCAACGGCCCAACGAAGCUCCAGCUGAAUUAUCUGGGUAACUACGUGCCGACGGCGUGGACGUAUGAAAACGGGUGUGGAAACUGUGACGAUGAUUUGCUGGACCAGAGUCAUCUUCCUGACGAGGAGAUGCCGCUGGUGCACAUCGCUGUGUUUAUCGAGCAGCCGACGCCGUUUCUGGAGGAAUUCCUGGAGAGACUGGCAACUCUGCACUACCCACACACACGCUUACGACUCUUCAUACACAACAACGUUGUGUAUCAUGAACAGCACAUUGAGCGGUUCUGGACGCGUCAUCGCUCUCUGUUCCCUGCGGCGAGAAUAGUCGGACCUGAGGAAAACCUUAGACAGGACCAGGCCAGAACCAUGGCAGUGGAGGCGUGUAAGAAGGACGUGUCGUGUGACUAUUUCUUCAGCAUCGACUCUGAUGUCGCUCUGACCAAUCCCGAUAUUUUACGGAUUCUCAUCGAAGAGAACAAGAGUGUGAUCGCGCCCAUGCUCUCCCGGCACGGCAAGCUGUGGUCAAACUUCUGGGGCGCUCUGAGUCCCGAGGGCUUCUACUCGCGCUCCGAGGACUACAUCGACAUCGUGCAGAGCAAGAGAGUUGGCCUGUGGAACGUGCCCUACAUCACUCAGGUGUAUCUGAUCCGCGGAGAGACCCUGCGCUCGCGUCUGGCUGCCGUCUCCCUGUACCAGCAGGAGGGCAUGGACCCGGACAUGAUCUUCUGCAAGAACGUCCGUGAGCAGGGCAUCUUCAUGUUCGUGUCCAACAGGGAUGAGUUCGGCCGCCUGGUGUCCUCCACUAAUUACAACAUCAGUCGCCUUUAUCCAGACAUGUGGCAGAUCUUCGACAACCCAGUGGACUGGAGAGAGAAAUACAUCAAUGAGAACUACUCCAGGAUUUUCGAGGACGAGGGGGACGUUGUGGAGCAGCCCUGUCCAGACGUGUACUGGUUCCCAGCGUUCUCCGAGAGAAUGUGUGACGAGCUCGUGGAGACCAUGGAGGAUUUCGGCGGAUGGUCUGGAGGAAGACACACGGACGAGCGGUUAGCUGGAGGUUAUGAGAAUGUUCCCACUGUUGAUAUUCACAUGAAUCAGAUCGAGUACGAGAAAGAGUGGCUGAAGUUCCUCAAAGACUACAUCGUUCCUGUGACAGAAAAACUCUACCCAGGGUACUAUCCGAAGGCUCAGGCUGUGAUGAACUUCGUGGUUCGGUAUCGCCCUGACGAGCAGCCGUCGCUCCGUCCGCAUCACGAUUCCUCCACGUUCACCAUUAACAUCGCACUCAACAGCAAAGGCGCCGAUUAUGAGGGUGGAGGUUGCCGGUUCCUGCGCUACGACUGUAAGGUGGAGUCUCCCAGGAAGGGCUGGUCGUUCAUGCACCCGGGCCGCCUGACGCACUACCACGAGGGGCUCCCCACCACACAAGGCACUCGAUACAUCAUGGUCUCCUUCGUGGACCCUUGAAAAUCAUGUGAACUGUCUAUGUGUGUGUGUGUGU